AUGUUUGUAUCUCAUAACAAAAUCACUGAGCAACUUAUUAAAAGUUAAGGGGAAGAACCUUCUAAAACAACAAAAUUAUCUUUGCGUUCUAUGAAACUGAGUAAAAUAGAAAAUUUAGAUUAAUUAUUGCUCUUAUAGGAAUUGAACCUUAGUCAUAAUAGUAUAACAAAAAUAGAGAAUUUGAGAUUGCCAGCACUUAAAGAACUCAAUCUCUCUGAUAAUUUUAUCAAAUCCAUGCAAGGAUUAGAAUUUUUGCCAUCUUUAAUUAAUUUGAAUUUAAAUGGCAAUCAAAUAAGUGAGAUUAGCUUAACAAAUCAUACUUUAGAGACUGUAAAGUUAUCGAGAAACUAAAUCAAGGACCCUCUAUAGUUAUUAAACCUAAAACCCCUUUUAAAUUUGAAAAUACUUUCUAUCAGUGAUAAUCCUUUUUGUAGAACAUUUAGUUACAUAGAAUAUCUCUGUUUUUUAACUCCUACCCUUUAAGUUUUAGACAAUAAAGUUAUUUCCAAUUAACAUGAAAUUGCUAGGUAAUUGUAUGGAGAACCAAUUCCAAGCGAUCAUUAACAAAUACUUCAAAAUAUUAGACUGGUUUAAUUGAAAAAACAAGAAAUAGAUGCUGAAAUAGCCUAAAUAGAGAAUAAAAUGUAAAGAGCUUCUAGUCUACUUCAAACCUAUUAAAAUGAUUCUGAUAGCGAGGAUGAAUCAGACAGAUAGGUUACUAACAAAGCAUUUCUUUCUCUAAAAUCCUAGUUAGAAGAGCAUUACCAUGUUCGUUAAGAUGCAGAUGAGGCUUUGAAGGAAUUAAAACAAUAGCUUGAAUCAUUUAAGUAACAACCAAAGGAAAAAUUGCCAACUGAAUAAUUGAAUAAAAUUAACUCUCUAUUUGUUAGACUACAAGCAGUACUUCAAACAGAUUUAACUUAAUGUUAAAGAUCUCUAUUUGAAAUGGCUUUGUAGGGAAGUAUCGAGUAAGUUUUGCAAAGCAUUGUGGAUCUACUAGAAACAGUUUUAGACAGAAUACCGUUGUUACCCUAAGAAAGUGUACUAUAAGAAGUGGCUGCUUAGAUUCAUGAUCAAAUUUAAGAGUUAUAUUCUAAAGUUUCUACGAAUUCCCUAAAUUCGAUUGGAAUUUAAGAUAAACCUAUAGAAUCAUCGAUUGUUCUUUUAAAGAAAUUAUUUAAGAGAGCAGAGAAGAAAUAUAAGAAGAUUGAAGAAUUCAAUGUAAUCAAGGCUUAAUUUAUCAAAGAUUUUGAAUUAGAAACGCAAUAAUUAACUGAUAAGUGGAAAGAUUAUGAAAAUAAAAAAGCAUAGUUGCUUCAAGAGAAAGAAACAAUAAGUAAAGAAUUGGAGGAGUAAUUUGAAUAGAUUAUGCAAUAGAAAGAAGAACUUAAAAUGUAACAUUAAUAAGUUGAAGUUUAAUUCACUAAAUCCAAUGAGGAUUUUAAAAUAUUUAGAGCAAAAUAAAAUGAAGCUAGAAAGUGUUUAACUGAUGAGAUCACGAAACUUGGGAGACAAUAGGAGUAAUUGUGUGAAGAAGUCUAAGAGCUUUAGGGUGAAAUGGAAAGACUCAAAGAUACAAAUGCAGAGAAAGAAGAAUCCAUAAGGUUAUUAAAUGAAGAGAUUGAAAUGCUGUAAUAGAGAAUAUAGGAUCAAUAUUAAGUUAGUUUUUAGAUUAGAGAAGAUCAGCAAAGAGCUCUGAAUAAUAUAGAAUAUCUGAAUACAUAAAAAGGAUUAUUAAGCAAGGAUAUAGAGGAUUUGCAAUUUGAGCAUUCUAAAAAAGAAUAAGACACAAUGGAUCUAUAAAUCAAAUAUCAAAAUGAGCAUAAAAAAAUGAAACAAUUACUUGAAGAAUUAGAUACUUGCCAUUCAAAACUAAAAAAUACAGAGCAGUUAUGCAGAGAGGCUGAUAAAGUAUUAAAAUAAUUAAAUGGUGCCAUCAGUGAUAAAGAGUAAGAAAUGUAAAAAUAUGAUAAAAUCAUGUAGGAAUCAAAUAUUGAAAAGGAGAAAAUAAAAUAAACUAAGAAUGAGAAUUUGUAGAUCAAAAAAGAAUCAUAGAAACUCAGGACAGAUUUAGAUAACUUAGAAUAUUAGAUCUAAGUCAAUCAAGAUAAUUUAUUGAAGAGCAAAAAGAAUUUACAAUAGGUUACACAAUUAACUAUAGAAAAAGAGUAGGAAUUGCUAUAAAUAGAAAAACAGUUAAUCAACACAGAAAAAUAGAUAUAGGAUUAAUUAAAAUAAAAGGACUUUUUGGGUAAUGAUUACGAUAUAUUGCAGAAAGAAUUGAAAAAAUUAAAUAUUGAUAAAGCUAAAUUACAACAAUAUAUUGAUGAUGCCACUAUCGAAUUACAAAGCAUUAAAUAAGAAUAUACAAUAUAAUAAUCUAAUUUGCAAUCCUUAAACAAAUAAAUUGAAUAGAAGGUUACGGAAUUAUCAACUUAAACUCAUUACCAGAUGCAUUAGGGUCAUGAUUAAAUCAUUAAUUUUCAGAUUUAAUUGUAGAAAUUAUAAGAGGGAAUAGAAGUUAAAGGAUAAGAAUUUAAAUUAUUAGUUGAUCAAAUAGAUUAAUUGUAGUAAAAGAGGGAUUAUUUAAUAUAGAGUGUUUAACAUUUAUAAUCAUCAGUUUUACAAGAAGAUCAAAACACAAACUAAAAGCCAUAUAUUGUACAUGAUGAAGAAUCCUUGCAAUCACAAAGUUAUGAUAAAUAAAGAUCAGAUUGGUUAAAACCAUCAAAAAACUCAGCAAUUAAAAGUUAAACUAAUUUUGCAUUGUUAAGUGAUUUAAGUAAGAAAUAUUAGCCAAAAUCUGCGAAUUAAUCCAUGCUAAGGAAAUCUCCUUAAGGCAAAGAUCAAUCGGUCUAAUCUGUUAUAUAAAAUUUAGAGGAACUAAACUAAAAUUUAGAUAGAAUGUAUAUGGAAAGUCUUGAAAGAUUUGAAUAAUGA